AUGUCGAGCCCGAAGACGAGCUCCAGCGGGGCGAACCCGGUCUCACGAUGCGUCCUGAUCGGGGUUGACGGCUCCGAUCAUUCGGACAAGGCGUUGCGCUACUACCUCGACUGGCUCGUGCGACCCAACGACAGCGUCACUCUGUUCUGCGUGAUCGAGCCGCCCUCGUUGCCCGCCUUCAGUAUCACCAGCCUCAGCUCCGUGCCCACUGAGGAGUGGGGCAAAAUCAUGCAGACGCGAGUCCUCGAAUUGGCCAACAUAGAAAACAACAGCCUGGCUGACUGUCUCGCCAAGCGGGUCAACGCCCGUUUCCUCACUCAGGACGCCAGCCAUGUCGGCGAGGCCAUCGUGAAACAGGCCGACAAACAGGCCGCCGACCUCGUCGUGCUGGGCAGUCGAGGUCUGGGCGCGGUGAAACGUACCAUCUUGGGAAGUGUUAGCGACUAUGUGUUGCAUCACAUCGACCGGCCCGUCUGUGUGAUACCACAGGCCAGCUACUCGGCCCGCCGUAGCAACAAAUAG